UCCGUGUUACCACCAGCACGUUGAAGUUGCUGAGUAUUUAUCAGUAACGUGUCGUGAUUCGUCCGAGCAGUUCAGCCAAAACUGACAGAGAGAGAGGUUGCAUUGCUCGAACAUGGAUGGAGAGACGCCAGAGGAGCUUUUACUGAAGCAGCACCGUAAAGAAAAAAAGGACCUUCAAGCCAGAAUCCAGAGCAUGAAAAACGCUGUCCCUAAGAAUGACAAGAAAAGACGAAAGCAGUUGACAGAGGAGAUUGCCAAGCUUGAGGGUGACCUGAAUCAGAAACAUGAGCAGGAGCUGAAGCAGCUGCAGUCGAGCACAGACACACAGGAGGUGCUAAAUGGAGUCGAAACACUAAAUAUUGAGAACACGGAACCGGAGGAUGUGAAGCAGCCUCGUGUUACCAAGGCUCAGAAGAGAAGAGACAAGAAGGCUGCUCAGGAGAAGGAGAGAGAAAGCAGAAUAGCGGAGGCCGAGGUGCAGAACCUUCAGGGGGCGAGGCACCAGGAAGGUCUGAAGUUGGCCCAAAAGCUCUCUCAACUACAGCUCCAGAUUAAAGAAAUCCCAUCAGAUGGCCAUUGUAUGUACAGAGCCAUUGAAGAUCAGCUCGGGCAGCGCUCUCAGUCACACAUGCGAGUGGCAGAGCUGCGGUGUCACACAGCCACACACAUGAGGAGCCAUGUUGAUGAUUUCUUGCCAUUUCUAACCAAUUCGAGCACUGGUGACAUGUUCUCUACAGAUGAAUUUGAGAAAUACUGCAAUGAUGUGGAGUUUACUGCUGCUUGGGGCGGACAGUUGGAGCUGCGGGCUUUGACGCAUGUUCUUCAGUCACCGAUCGAGGUGAUUCAGGCUGAUUCUGCAAAUAUCAGAAUAGGAGAAGAAUACGACAACGAACCCGUCGUCCUUGUUUACAUGCAUCAUGCCUUUGGACUCGGAGAACACUACAACUCUGUGGAGCCACUGAAGGAAUCCGCCCAAGAGGAAAGCUGACAAGCAGCUUUGCUUGAAACUAUUGGGACGUUUUGGAUACAAACAGAUUGAACUAUAUAUAUAUAUCUCAAAUUAAUUCACUCAAAUGCUUGAAUUAUUAAAUCCACACAUGGCAGAACAAGGUGAUACCAAGUGACUGUAUUCUGGUCUGAUCGUUGUGUACUCAGGAGCUUUUUGUGGUUGCAAAUGAGCAGUACUGUUUAGAUCAGAUUAUGACAUGAAUGGAGAAAAUAGGAACAUUUCACUGUAGGUCAUGCAAAUGCAUUUUAGCAAAACUGAAGAUUUAGGUUUUUAACAAUCCAACUGAGUCAUUGGAAUGUUGCACUGACAAUAAAUGCAUGUUUCUUUUGCGUAUGACUGAAACCAUCCAUCAUUGAAUUUAUGUGAACUAGUUGUGUAAAUCAUAUCUUAGCCUCUUAAGUAAUAAAACAUGA